AUGCCAUUGGUAGUAACAUGCAGUGGUGGAAUAUCCAGCAUUCUCGUGGAGGAAGCGAUAAAUUACACUACACAUUUACAAGAACCGUUCAAGUCCGGAUACGAGGAAACAUCAGACUAUCGGGCCACUAUUGUACGACCACCACUCCUUGACUUUCACGAGGUCGAAGUGGGAAUGGAAUAG